AUGAACGGCGACGACGAAGCCAUCACCAUCGACUUGGCCAACGUCCCGGACAAGGUGGCCCGCAUAUUCAUCGUCCUGACUGUCGCAAACGGGACGUUCGAGCUCGUCGAGCAUGCCUACGCGCGGGUUUUGGACCAGCACUCGUCGGAGCUGGUUCGCUUCGACAUCGAGGCCAGCUCGGCCUACCGCGGGCUCCUCGUGGUGCAGCUGUUCCGGAGCGAGGGCGCGGAGAAGCGCUGGGGCUUCCAGGGCCUAGGCCGCUUCUUCACGUGUCCUGGUGACUGGAAGAGCAUGGCCAACGAGAUCACCCGUGUUGCGGCCGACACCGAGGUCGCGGUCGACCCCGCGGCGGUGCGGCAGUUCAACAAGACGAAGUCGACGAAGUCCCACCGCUCGGUCGAAGGCGCCGCGGCCGCGCCGCCGGGGGGCCAGGCAUCCGACGGCGAGGCGCAGAAGGCCGCUGCCACCGAGUGCAUGGCGUGCGGGGGCGCUGGGUGCAGCAUGUGCCGGCCGACGCCGACGGUCAGAGAGGAAACGCUGCAGCCGAGCAGCUCCUCGCCGAUCGCGUCGCGCGCGACCGGCGCAAGGCUCGCCAUUCCCGGCAGCUUCCUGUCGAGCACGACGGGCAGCCAGUUCUUCGAGUCCAACAGGGCGUCGACGGAGUUCGCGUCGCAGAGGCUUGGACACGGACGACUGCGACUUGGCAGAUCUACGUCAAAUUUGAAACCAAACUCGUUGGAGCAGGGCGGCCACAUGAUCGUCACGACGACGCCGCCGACUGCAGACCGCCUGAUGACGGACGACAGCGACGUCAUCCUCGUGCGGCCCCCGGACGAGACGGACGGCGAGAGGCCGCGCGCGUGCAGGUGCUUCUGCGGGGGCACCUGA